AUGCGCAGCAUAUGGCAAUGUUCAUCAUGCACCACCCUCUUCGUCUUCGCGGUUUUGGGAAGGGAAGCAUCGGGAUCGCACGCCGCCAGGCAAUGGAAAGAUGUCCAUAGGAUUCCAAAGGCCCAAGUGACUGCGCACCCGGCGCGACGACAAGAGGGCACUUGCCCGACCGAACACACUUUGUGCGCGGCCUCCUUCAGCGGCGGCUGCUGCCCCUCUCGCUAUGCCUGCGCGGUCGACUCAUGCUAUGCGACAACGGCGGGGCCGGCCACUGCGUGCGGUCUGGCAGGAUAUUUUGCCUGCGCCCCGGUGAACGGCGAGGCUGGUUGCUGUCCAGUCGGCUAUGUGUGCGGAAGCCAGAAUUGCCUUCCUCCUGCAGGCAUCUCCUACCCAAAUACGCAGUGCCCAACCGACUAUUACCUCUGUCCGUCCUCAGCCAACUACGGGUGCUGCAUGAGCGGAAUGGGCUGCGCGCCGAACGCUUGCUACUCAACAGAACCAGUGACAACAACCAUUCUGCAAGCCAUCACAACCAUCUCCGGCAGCGAAACAAUAACAUCGACCCGGUCAGCCGUCACCGUAUCGACGCCAACGCCUCCCCCGGGGCCCACAGAUAGUCCCGGCGUCGCCGCGAAGUUCAUCCCGACCAGCGUCCCAAAGGUCCCGGCGAGUACCCCAACCAGCGAGGCCAGCGGCGGUCUGAGCGCCGGCGCCAUUGGAGGCAUCAUCGCCGGCGUCGUUAUCCUCCUCGUGGCGGUGAUAGUCGCCGCUUUCCUCAUCAUCCAACGGCUCAAACGCGUCGAAGAUGUCAUGGAAUCCAAGCGCGGCUCCUCCAGCGGCAAGAAAACCCGGUCGCAAUCCCACGCCCAAAUGGAACACUACGGCCGCCAGCUACACUCCGACGUGGACGACAUGAGCGUCGACCCCCUGAUUCACAUCAACAACAACAACAACAAUAACAGCUCCUCCGCCGCCACACCGAAACUGGGCCCCAACUCCCACCGCGGCCGCUCCGAUUCGACGGGUUUCACCCCGUCCCCGAACAUGUUCGAGGACUGCGCCCGCCACGCCAGCCCGGAUGCCAACGCCGGCGGCUACUUUGACGACCCCGCGGCUGCAGCGGCCGCGCGCGUGCAUAACAUCCCCGGCGCAGCAGCAGCCUGGCAAACGCAGCAGCAGCAGCAGCAGCAGAACAUGCUCCUCAUGCAGCCGGCGACCAUUCACGAGAGCGCGGACAGCACCAACACCGCACCCCACCACCGCCCGUAUGCGUACACGCACUGGCGGCAGAUGAGCAAUGCGAGCGAGCUGUCGGCGGAUGGGAGCGAGAACGGGGCCGGGGUGACCAGCCCACUUGUUGGCGGCGGAAGGUUAUCGGAAUUGGAUGGGUCCGGCGUCGUCGAGUUGCCGAGUGGUGAUGGUGGUGGACUCGAUCUCGGUCCGGGGGUGGGGUAUGCUGCUGGCGCUGGUUCCGGUGCUGGUGCCGGGGUGAGGAGUAGGUCGGGCAGUGCAGCUAGUGCAAGGGGGAUGGGCCAUGCGAGGAGGAGGAGUGAUGGCGUUCAGGGACAGGGGGUAGGGCAGGGCCAGGCUGGCGGAGCGGGAUUAGGGCUGACGCCGCUGGAUGAGGCGGCCGAGAUGCAUGGGUAUUAUGGACGGCCCGGGCAGCAGGCGGGUCAGACGGCUGCUGGGUUGGAUGGGCAGUGGGAUGGGAAUGGUGCCGGUGAGAACCGUACCCAGGGAACGCAAGAGGGACGGGGGGUGCGAGGGUCGUGA